CUAGAAGGUCAAGAGGGUCUCAUAUGAGACCCACUUAGGAACAAACGAUAUCUGCCUCACUUCUCGUUUACUCGAGAAGAAGAAAGGUUCUUCCAUCUACCACGACGACCUUCCUUUUUGCCUUACAAGUCGGCACACCAUGGCUUCCUCGCACUCUGACGACAGAGAAAAGGGGCUGUCAUCACCGGCCAAGUUGGCGUCGGGCGCCCCGCUCGAAGCAACUGUGUCCUACAACCACAAUCCCUCGGCUGGUGGAAAGGAAGAGCAAGUGCUAUCGUCGCUCGGCUACGAAUCCGAGCUGCGCCGGAACCUGUCGCUUUGGACUGUGCUGGGCCUGGGCGCAGCAAUCAUCGCCGCACCCUUUGGUCUCUCCACAUCGGCUUCCUUUGCCCUCACAAACGGCGGCAGGACCUCGUACGUCUGGGGAUGGGUCCUCCUGAGCCUCAUCUCGCUCGCCCUGGCUGCGAGCCUGGGUGAGAUCUGCAGCGUCUAUCCGACGAGCGGAGGCGUAUACGUCUGGACGGCGCACCUGGCACCGAGGAGGUCCGCCAAGAUUUCCAGCUUCGUCGUCGGCUGGAUCAGCGUCGUGGCCAACCUGACGCUGUGCCUCUCCAUUGCAUUUGGUGAGGCUCAGCUCAUCAUGGCCGCCAUCAGUGUGUUCCGAAACGAUGAAUGGGCGCCCGAGGCGUGGCACAUCAUCCUCACCUUCUGGGCCAUCAUGGCCCUCUGCGCCCUCAUCAAUGCCUGGGGCGUCCGGGCCAAGCUGCUGGAGCCGAUCAACACGCUGAGCAUCUACUGGACCCUAGCUUCUGCCGUCAUCAUCUGCAUCGUCGUCCUCGUCAUGUCCGACGAUCGGCGCAGCGCCCGCGAGGUCUUUGCCCAGUGGCAAAACGCCAGCGGCUGGUCCGACGGAUGGAGCUUCUUUGUGGGCCUGCUUACGCCCGCAUACGUCUUGACCGGCUACGGGACCAUUAGCUACCUCUGCGAAGAGGUCAAACAGCCCGAAGUCGCUGUACCCAGGGCCAUGUUGGGCAGCGUCAUUGCGGCAUCCUUUACCGGCUUUCUCUUCCUCAUCCCCAUGUCCUUUGUCUUCCCAGCCGACCUUUCACUGAUUCUCGAGGCUACAGCAGGCCAGCCGAUCCCCGUCGCUCUCUCGCGCGCCACGCGCUCGGCCGGUGGAGGCUUUGGCCUCCUGUUCCUCAUCCUUGGCGUCGGCAUGUUUGCAUCGGUGGGCUCCCUCACCGUGGCCCUGAGAUCUGUCUGGGCGUUCUCAAGAGAUGGCGGCCUGCCGCUCUCCUCGAUCUGGAAGAAGGUCGACAGGGUGCACCAGCUCCCGCUCAACAGUCUCAUCAUCACGACGGUCAUCAUCAGCCUGCUCGGUCUCAUCUAUCUUGGCGCCAGUGCCGCAUUCAACGCCUUCACGGGAUCCUGUACGAUUCUGCUUGGACUGAGCUACGUCUACCCAGUCGCCUGCUCGCUCGCCGGAGGAAGGAGACUGGUCAAGCAUGCCUCCUGGUCGCUCGGCCGCUUUGGCUACCUCAUCAAUAUCAUCGCCCUCAUCUGGGUCGUCUUCUCCGUCGUCCUCUUUUGCUUCCCCACGACGGCGCAGGUCGACGCGGCCGGGAUGAACUACGCGAGCGUCGUCGUCGUCUUCUUUGCCGCCUUUGCCGCGCUGUACUAUGUCGUCUGGGCCAGAAGAUCGUACACGGGCCCAUCGCUGGCGACAGAGGGCCACAAGGAGGAGGACACGGCGGCGGGCGGGUGGUAAGACAUUGCUGCUCCCAUCUCUGUCUCUAUAAUUCUUGCUCUCUCUGGCGCGCUCUCUCUCUCCCUACCUCUUUCAUCUUCGUCUCGUUUGGAUACGCAAUCCAUCCAUGCCUUGUUUUUGGCUGGAGUGCCUUUCUGUCACCGCAUUCACCUAUCGCGUCUUUGUAUGCCCGUGCAAGCUG